AUGGAUAAUGGUGGCACCUUUGAUAUCGUAGAAGAGCGAGGGGGGUUUACUCGUGAACUGGGAGCCGUUGUGCUUGUAAAGUUCGGUUACCAGAAGGUCGGUUCCGCGUGUUUCAUUGCUGAAUAUCUGGUGGCUAACUUGGGUCACCUCUUGCGACAAAGGGCAACCAAAAUCGCCAUUCUUGUCACCAGAACUGCCGGCGCCCUCAUAUGUGUCAUUAGCGCGGGUAUGCUAAAGCACUUCACCAAGGCCUACUACGUAUAUCAGCAUAAACCCGCAAACCUGCUGCUCGAGCUCUGGAGCUACUCCAAAGAUCGGGCCACGUGGAUCGGCAGCUUUGGUAUCGGUCUUGGUCUCGGCAUAACUGCCAGCUCAGGUCUCAGUGUGUGUAACCGGCUGGGCAAAAACCUUCAUCUGGCUGGCCUAAUCGGCCAAAUGUUCCUGCCGGCUGUAGCCGGCUACAUAUCUGAGCGUAUGUUCUACAAGAACGCCUCACAGACUCUUGGCAGGACUUCACUCAUCCUCAGCGUGCUCCUCUUCUUCUCUCUGGUGGUUGAUUUGGUCCUUCGUUUGAUCCGGCACUUCUCCUGGUGGAAGAACUUCACGGAUUUUUUCCGUUUUAUGCCGGUGAAGAAACCCGCAGCCAAAGUGACAGCCAGUGCAAAGAAGAGGUUCUCUUCCGCAAAUGUGGGUAGCCUUGAGGCACCUGCCGGCGGACAACAGUCAGAGCCGGCAGGCCCUUCACUAAGGGAGGUCAAUUUUUCCUCCCCCUCCUCAGCAGCAAGAAGGCCAACGCUACAAGUUACUGUUGCCUCACAUCCUGGUUCAGACUAA